CUGGGACCGCACUCAAUGGCCUUAUAGUGACGCCAUCUAACAACACAAACAAGCUAGAGCUUACCCUCUACGAUUCAAGAAGAGAAUUCUUGCCCUAUAAAUCCCCUCCUCAUUUGCCUCUCUUCCCUUGCUGUUCCAGUCCUUGAUAUUACUCCUCGUUAUCUAUUUUUAUUUUACUUUAAUUAGCCUUUACAUGGCAGAAGAGUUCCAGGAAUCGGAGGUAAUCUUCUCCGACCAUGAGCAUGGGUGCAAGAAGUACUUCAAUUAUCAAGAAAUGGGCGUGUUUAGCAAUAACAACAAGAAGGUAAAGAAGAAGAAGCAGAAGCAAUCCAGUUCCGUCCCGGUUAGUAUUCCUAACAGAGAGUUUCAACUCUCGGACAGCGAUGAUUUUGAGGAAGAUUAUGGUGGAGAUGAUCUUGUUCCUCCGCAUAUUAUAGUGGAGAGAAGAAUUGCUGGCAAAAUGGCAUUCUCUGUUCGCACUGGAAAUGGGAGGACGUUGAAGGGGAGAGAUUUGAGCGAAGUUAGGAAUUCAAUUCUUAGAAUGACAGGGUUUUUGGAAACAUGACAUGUUAUAUUUAAUUUAUGGUCACUCGAUUAGGAUUUGGUGCAUAGUAAUUAAUUAGAUUAGAAGGAAAAUAAUCUCCUUUCUAUUAAUGUUUUUAGCGUUUUGGGAUUAAUUAAUCUUAUUCAUUGUAACUAAAGAAUAAACAAAAGGAAAUUUGGGAAAUGAAAAGUAAAUUAUCCAAUUCAUCUUA